CGCAAGGAAAUCAAGAGUGGUGCUUAUGCAGAUGUACCAGACAACGAAAAGGAUCUUUUGACGCUUAUGUUAGAGGCUGAAGAAAAGGGCGACACAUGGACAUCAGAGGACGAGCUUAGACAUAAUAUUGCAGUUUUGUUUUUAGCUGGACAUGAUACCACUGCUCAUGCUCUAUCCUUCUGUUUCUAUCAUCUUGCAAAGAAUAAGGAUGUUCAACAAAAGCUAAGAAAAGAGGUACUUAGUAUUCUGGGUGAUAAGCCGGUUGAUGUAGUGCCUACAGUUGAGCAGCUAAAAAAUAUGCAAUACCUCAAUAUGGUCAUAAAAGAAAAUCUGCGUAUAAAUAGUCCAGCUGAUAUGCUAUUUUCACGAGAUGUUAAAGAAGAUACCAUUUUGGCCAACACGCUUAUUCCCAAGGGCACUGUUGUUACAAUCAAUAUAGAGGCUUUGCACUACAACCCCAGGUUAUGGCAUAAUCCGGACCAAUUUGAUCCUGAAAGGUUUGCUCCUGGUGGUGAACAUGAAAAGCAUGAAGGUAUGACUUGGUUACCUUUUAGUAAUGGAACCCGCCAAUGCCUUGGCAUGAAUUUCUCUCUGUUUGAGCAACGAUUGGUCAUUGCUAUGAUCUUGAAAAAGUAUGAGAUUAGUGUUCCGGAAGACUCCAUUCAUCGUGAUCAUAUUGUUAGUGAUGUAUCAUUCAAUGGUGCGCCCAAGUCACUGAAGCUGACUUUUACCAAGCGUUAUUAA